AUGCAUGUCAUAAUAGCCGGUGCGGGGGUGGCAGGGCUAGCCUCGGCCAUCGCGCUGCGUCGAUGCGGACACUCGGUAACAAUCUACGAGCGGUCCUCACUAAACCACGAGUUCGGAGCGGCCAUCAACGUCCCGCCCAAUGUUGCCCGGUUCCUGAUAGGAUGGGGACUGGACGUCGUCAAAGCCCAGUUCGUCCCGUCCGAGUCCAUGUACAUCUUCUCGCCGUCACAGCGCGACAAGGUGCUGGCGUACUCGGACUUCCGGCACAACAUCAAGACCCACAAGGCACACUUAUAUUAUGCCCACCGAGUCGACCUUCAUGAAAACCUGAAGCGCAUGGCUACGGCGCCGGAUGGGCCCGGUACGCCGGUCGUUAUCAAGACCAAAUCCGAGGUCGUACUAUAUGAUCCCGAAACCCCUUCCAUGACUCUCAAGGAUGGUACCGUGAUCACCGGUGACCUUUUGGUCGGGGCUGAUGGGAUACACUCGAUAUCUGUUGCCACGAUACUUGGCCAUCCAAACCAUCCUCGUCCCGCGCAGCAUUCCAACUGCUGCUAUCGGUUCCUGAUUCCAAGAGCCCUCGUUGAGGAUGACCCGGAGACUAGCUUCUUCACCAAGGAACUGGUUGGCUUACAGGGUCUGCGAAUCUGGCCGGAUGUUGCAAGAAACAGAAGACUGGUCUACUAUCCGUGCCGCAACUCUCAAGUCCUCAACUUCACUAUCAUGUGCAGAAAUGACGAGCUGGGUUCCGGCAAGGAAGACUGGGACGCCCCAGCAACCAAGGACGAAGUCUUCAAGGCGCUGGAGGGAUUUGACCCCGGCCUCCUUGCAGUUGUUGGGAAAUGCCAAGAGUUCAAACGUUGGCCUCUCCAAUACCGUGCACCCAUCCCGAUAUGGCACAAGGGGAACAUGGCGAUUGUCGGAGACGCCGCACACCCAAUGCUGCCGCAUCAGGGCCAGGGCGGAGCACAGGGUCUCGAAGACGGCCUUUCUCUCGGUCUUUGCAUGCUGGGCGCGACCAAGUCUCAAGUCCCAGAGCGCUUGGCAAUCUAUCAAAAGAUACGGCACAACCGCGCAUCCGCGAUCCAGAUUUUGAGCAACUAUGGCUUCGACCAAAAGCCCCCAGAAGAGGUCUUGAACUACCUGGAAGGCGAAGCAUUGCCCUCCAAUGCCGAGGAAACAUUAAAGUUCAACUACCGCACCGAUGCGGUCCAGCGAGUUGUUGAUCACAUGAGGGUGUACGACCCAGCUUUCCAAAUACCGGAUGACUUCUUUCCCUAUUCAGAUUUGGAUAGCCGGCAGCCUGUGGUUUAG